AUGGCGGUCCUCUACUUGGCCUUUCUGGCCUGCAAGGGCAGAUGGGAGAAGUCGAUCAUAGUCGUCACAGUCAAACCGCACAGCCUCGACAGCAAGGAGAUCUACGACUACAUAACGCCCGAGGAGUUGAUUGCGAAACUGGGAGAGGAGCUCGCGGCCGAUCUCAUGAAGAGACGCCGUGAGGCGGAAGCAAGCCUUCCACCAGGUGGAGAUGGCUACAACAAGGCCCGGCAACAGGCAGUGGAGGCCAUCGGAGAGUUGGGGGCCAUCAUCCGUGUUGUGAAGACGGCCGCUGCCGCUUUCCCCGACGUGGCGGUGCAAUGCCAGGAGCUGCUUGACAAGCACCACAAGGGAGAGCUGCGGGCGGUGACGCAGGAGAACAAGCUCCGCAUCCAAAUCCAGGAGAAAGAAGCCGAAGAAAUGGUUCGCACCGCCAACAUCAGGCUGAUGCUGGCCGAAGGCCAGAAGAAGGCUGCGGAGGAGAAACUGCGCGAGGCCGAGGAGGAAAGAGGCCUGGCCGAGACAGCCAAACAAGAGUCGCAGCAGCGCGCGGACCAGUGGUGGGAGAACCUACAGGCCAUGGCCAAAGAGAAGGAGCUCCUGGAAGCCGAGAAGGCCCGCUUGGAGUCGGAGAAGCUGCAGUGGACGCAGGUUCAGAGUCUCAUGGAGCUGGAGAAGUCCGAGCUGCAGGGGGACAUCCAGAAGGCCAAGGAGGAGCGCAAGCGGUUAGAGGUCGCAGCGGAGAAGUGGCAUCACACUUUGCAGACUGUCAAGGCGCAGGCAGAAGAGAAGGAGGCACACCUGAAGGAGAUCCAGUCCAUCCUGCACAAGCAGCAGGAGGAGGCAGCUCGAUCUCCCGUUCCGGCGUCGGCAGAGGAGUUGGGAGAGGAUUGGUCGCCUUCCUUUGCGCGUGAACGGUGCAGUGGAGUCAGCUCGAGAAGCGAGUGGGUCUCUGCAAAGAGCCUGAAGCUCCGCCGGCAACCCCUGGAGGAAAAGCUCACCCAGUCGCAGAGCAGCGCGUUUCAGCCCGUAGAAGCUACUUUCUACUCCGAACCUGAGGAGGAAGAGAUCUCCUCUACAGAUUUGGCCAGAGCAUGGGAGCAGGUUAUCUUCACGGGGCAACGGGUGAGCAAAGAGACUAUCAUGUCGAAUCCUCACAUCUUUAAGAUGGCAUACAAGCAUGUCUCACAUCGCAUCAGCAUUGACACCAUGGAAGUCCAUGUCAAGAGCUUCUUUGAUCUCUUGAACAUCAGCCAUGGCAUUACCAGUGCGUUCGUAAAUCGACAUGCUUGGGGAGUCAAGCGGAUGUUGACUGUGUUCAAUGACAUGCUGCGUCGUGGGCACAGACCUCGUGAUGCUGGCAUCCGGGAUAUCAUGAUAUCUCUUGGGUUUUCUGUGCCAGAGCAGGAGAGAAGGGAACGCCAGCCAGCUGCGGGCGACUCCGACUCCGAUGCUGAAGGCGAGGGUGAAGAGGAGGCAGCUUUGACAGAUGAUGAUUUGGUCGUUCCUGAAGAUGUUGCCCUUGGUGCAGGCUUGGCAUGA